UCGAUUUCAAGGAUGAAAAGUCGUCUGCUGUGAAAGCAAAAAUUUCAAUUAUUUUAAUUUUUAUUCUAGCUUGAAGAUGGUUUGGCGAUAUUACAAAUGUUAUUUUCAAACCUUGGGAAAGAAAUCCAUUCAAUGGAAAACUUCAUGGAGGUUUGCAUCUGUGAAAGUACACAAACCUGUUGAGAAAAUACGCAACAUUGGUAUUUCUGCUCAUAUUGAUUCUGGUAAAACGACACUGACAGAAAGGCUUCUGUAUUACACGGGAAGAAUAGAGGAAAUGCAUGAAGUUAGAGGAAAAGAUAAAGUUGGGGCAAAAAUGGAUUCCAUGGAACUUGAGAGACAAAGAGGUAUAACUAUAAAAUCUGCUGCAACUUAUGUCACAUGGAAGGGAGUAAACAUAAACAUAAUAGACACCCCUGGCCAUGUGGAUUUUACUGUUGAAGUGGAACGUGCCUUAAGAGUAUUGGAUGGUGCUGUUCUUGUUUUAUGUAGUGUCGGAGGUGUUCAAUCUCAAACUAUGACAGUUGUUCGACAAAUGAAGCGAUAUGAUGUUCCAUGCAUUGCUUUUAUCAACAAACUCGAUCGUAUGGGGGCUGAUCCUAGUAGAGUUCUCAAUCAGAUGAGAUCAAAACUUGAUAAACACUGUGCUCUAAUACAUAUACCAAUUGGUUUAGAAAGUGAAUUUUCUGGUGUUGUGGAUAUUAUCAAACGUAAAGCACUUUAUUUUGAAGGUGAAUGUGGUGAAACAGUAAGAGAAGCAGAUCCACCUUCAAACUUAGAGGGAGAAAUUACAGCACGACGACAAGAACUUAUCGAGCAUCUAUCAAAUGCUGAUGAUAUUUUUGGCGAAUUAUUUUUAGAAGAAAAGCCCAUUAGCGAAGAUGAUAUAUAUGCUGCAAUGAGAAGAUCUUGCCUAGAAAGGAAAUUUACACCAGUGUUUCUUGGCUCUGCUCUGAAAAACAAAGGUGUACAACCUUUGCUGGAUGCAGUUGUUUCAUAUCUGCCAAAUCCCUCUGAAGUAAAAAACUAUGCUCUCGAAGGGGAAGGUGAAAAUCCUAAUAAAUUACUUAUGGAUCCAGCUAGAGAUGGUUUGAAGCCAUUCAUAUGUUUAGCCUUCAAGAUUGAGGCUGGAAAAUUUGGACAAGUAACGUACUUGAGAAUUUACCAAGGCUCUGUUAAAAAAGGUGAAUAUCUUUACAAUUCUAGAACUGGAAAAAGACAUAAAGCUUCUCGUAUAGUUCGUAUGCAUUCUGAUGAAAUAGAAGAUGUAGAAGAAGCUUUUGCCGGGGACAUUGUUGGUGCAUUUGGCUUAGAUUGUGCCAGUGGUGAUUCAUUUGUUACCGAUAAAAAUUUAAGGCUUUCUAUGGAAUCUAUGUAUAUUCCUGAUCCUGUCAUUUCCAUGUCUAUUAAGCCAAAGGAUAGAAAGUCCUUAGAAAAUUUUGCUAAAGCUAUGAACCGAUUCACGAGAGAAGACCCAACAUUUCAUAUGCGGUUUGACACUGAAAGUAGAGAGAGUGUAGUUUCUGGUAUGGGUGAGCUGCAUUUGGAAAUCUAUGCUCAAAGGAUGGAAAGAGAAUACAACUGUCCCGUUGUGAUGGGAAAGCCAAAAGUUUCAUUCCGUGAAUGUUUAAUUGAACCUUGUGAUUUCAACUACUUGCAUAAAAAACAAUCAGGAGGAGCUGGUCAGUAUGGUGGUGUCAUAGGGAAAAUGCGACCUUUACCACCUGAGAAAAACACGCAGAUAAUCUUCACAGACGCUACCAGUGGUCCAAAUGUUCCUAGGCAAUUUCUACCUGCAAUUGAAAAGGGAUUUAGAAUGACAUGCGAGAGAGGUGGGCUGACAGGUCACAGAGUUGCUGGAGUUGAAUUCAUUCUUAUGGAUGGAUCUCAUCACAUUGUUGAUUCUAAUGAAAUUGCAUUUAUUAUGGCUGCUUGUGGUGCUGUAAGACAAGUGUUUGACUUUGGAAGUUGGCACAUAUUAGAGCCUGUAAUGCAUGUUGAGGUUAUUGCUCCAGCUGAGUAUCAAGGAACUGUAAUUAACCAACUUAACAGGCGAUCUGGAGUUGUAAUUAGUAUGGAUGGAAUGGACAGUUGGACCAUAGUUACAGCAGAGGUUCCAUUGAAUAAUAUGUUUGGCUAUUCGUCAGAGCUACGGUCUAGUACGCAAGGCAAAGGAGAGUAUACCAUGGAAUAUUCUCGUUACUCUCCUGCUGCAGGUACCGUCCAAGAAGAGCUUAUUCAACAGUAUGAAGAAGAAAGAGGGAAAGAAAGAAAGAAAAAUUAAAACUUUAUGGCACUUUUACAUCAAUCCAAAGAAUUCAGCAUUAUUGGUUGUAAUACGUAGAGAUAAAAUCUCUAUUUAUUACCAAUAAUUGACAUUUCUCAUUAAAAUACUUGUACAAAAGUUUUUGUAUAUAAAUCAGUAUCAUUUAAAAAAAGUUUUAAAUCAAAGUUGUAGAUGGUUUUAUUAAACAUUAUGUUUGAGUAGAGAUGUUUUUUACUUAAACAAAAUGAAACUCCACAUGUACUGCAUCCAAUAACAAGAAGCUUGA